AGAUGAAACAUAAAUUUGAAAACUUUAAACUUGAUUAACUUUCUAACUAAGCAUAUAUAAAAAAAUGCAUCUAAAAAUGAGCAUUUUUCUAAGGAAAUUUCUUGAAUAGUCCAACAUUCGGGCACUUUUCUAUCUGAUCACUUGUGAAUGCCUUGGUAUAUAAAUAAUUUUAUAAAGUUGUGCAAGAAAACGUUUGAUAUUCCGAAGGAAACCAGCAGAACAUAUUGAAAAUCAUCAAAAUAUACUUAAGAUCCGGUAAAAAGGGUUUUGCAUCGUGAGAGAAGAAACUCGUAUUCCGGCACAUUUGUAAAGAAAACAGAAUUGCACCUUCUCGAGGCGUUUCUGAUACUCUAUUCCCUCUUCAUUGGCAGCAUUCUAUCAAAGACAACGCUGUCAAUCAUUUAAAAAGGUUUGAUCUUGGGAAUGAAACAUUGCGGUAAAUUCUGCAUUCAAUUGGUUAACACAUUUUCUUUAAAAAAAAAAGUAAAAAACAUUGAAUCGUCGCAAUCACUUUCGUCUGCGCAUACUUCGAUUGGAGCCGAGACGAAAACGGCAGAAUAAAAAGAUUUAGUGCGAGCUUUUAUUAGAAAGUUCAUAUCUAUAAUGCCUUUGUCAAAAAAACCCCAAAAAAAUGCCGAUAGUAAAGCAGACGGCCGACAAAAUCCCGUUACUGUUUCUACAAGCGAAAAUCUCCCGGAAGAGCAAACGCAGGAAAACGUAAGCCCGUCAUCUAUAGUGGCAACUGGAGCCGGCGUCGAAUUGGGUAUACCAACUAUUGAUCUUUCGGAGACCCCACCACGUGCUUUGGGAUUUGGUCGUCAAAAUGGCAACGAUGAAAUUUUUCAAAUUAUUGAUUUAAGCCAGACACCACCUGAUGACGAUGUAAUUUUAGUAUCCGAAAUUAAUGACAUAGUUGAUAUACGUACCCCAGUUAGAUUACAGCGUAGAAGCAAUUCAAUCUCAACUGUAUCAGGGCAAGAACAAAUUAACUCCUCAACUGCGCAAGCAUCAAACAAUAACGUGCAAAGGGCAACCCGUCGACGACGUUCAGUAGACGAUAAAAGCUCAAUUGGAAAAUUUUCAUCGCUUCAUGUUCCUCGUUCACCAUUUUCAGUAACUGGCGAAAAAUUGGACAGCCCUGCUCGAUUUGCGUGCCCUAUUUGCCUGGAAUCAACGGUGAACCAACCAACGUCCACACGUUGCGGUCAUGUUUACUGUCAAAGCUGCAUUCGUGAAGCAGUGAAAUUUAACCGCCUAUGUCCUAUGUGCAACGCUCCAGUUGCGCCAAGAGAGCUGCGCCGCAUUUACUUGUAAAAUUGCCUUUUUUUCGCCUUAAUUCUUUCUACUUAUAUAUGGAGUUUAUUUUAAAUAUUGGUUAGAACCACCACUUUUACCACUUUUUU